CCCCUGUGAUGCUUCUCCCUCUUCUCCUCCGCCAUGUUCCGCAAUGGCCAUCUUCAAAACCCUAAGGUCCCUCAUCCGAAACCCUAACCCUAGAUCCCGCCUCUCCUUCCACGGCUCCGAGCUUCCCUUUUCCUCCUCCACGCCCUCUCCUCACUCUCUCGCCGCCUUCUCUCCUUCUCCUACCUCUCCCGCCCUCGCUGUUGCCCCCAACCCCUUCUCCUUCGUCCUUCGCCUGACCUCCUCGCACCCAACCUUAUUCUCGCCGCUUUCCCAAUGGGUUCCCUUCUCCGGCCCGCUCUUCCUCUCCUCGCCGCCGUGGAAGCUCUCGCAGUCGGCUACCCCUCUGUACUUGCGCGGAAAAGAAUCGAUCUUUCCAAAGGAUUUGCUCAAAAUUCGGAGCUUCCCGAUCAGAUUAGGAUUCAGGUCGGCAGGGGAGGUUGGGAGAGGUUUUGUGGAUGUGAUUGGGUGGAGGCAAGCGCCGAACGUUGAUGAAGAGAUUGGGAGGGUGGGGAUUGGUGAGAGCUUCCUAAAUUUGCCGAAUUUGAUCUCCCUCAGUAGGAUGGCAUCUGGCCCUUUGAUUGGCUGGAUGAUUAUGAAUGAGUGGUAUCUUCCUGCUUUCGGUGGUUUGGUCAUCUCUGGAGCAACUGAUUGGUUGGAUGGGUUCCUUGCAAGAAAGAUGGGUAUUAAUUCUGUGAUUGGAUCAUAUCUUGAUCCCCUUGCUGAUAAGGUUUUAAUUGGAUGUGUCGCGCUAGCUAUGGUAGAUAAGAACCUUUUACAUCCUGGGCUUGUUGGCCUAGUGGUGUUAAGAGACGUUGGCCUUGUCAGUGGUGCAAUUUACAAGAGAGCUUCUAGCUUGGGGUGGGAGUGGAGGAGUUGGUCCGAUUUCAUUAAUGUUGAUGCAACUCAUCGAGAGAAGGUGGAGCCCCUCGUUAUAAGCAAGGUGAAUACUGUCUUCCAAUUGCUCUUAGUAGCCACUGCUCUUCUUCAACCAGAAUUGGGUAGUGAAGAAACCCAUCUGUACAUAACAUACUUGAGUUAUUUGGUAGCUUCAACAACAGUAGCAUCUUCGAUAGCUUAUGGAGCACAACAUCUUUGUAAGAGAUCAGCUUCCGCCACAGGGAAAUGGUGCAACAGCUCAAGCAGCAAGUCUUUAUGAUUCCACAAGAUCCUUUUCUCAACAAUUUAAUUAGACUGUUGGAAGUGCGGGUCAUGUUUAUUGUUCCAAGCCCGUUGCAUCUAAAGGUUCUGAUAUUCGGAACUGUUGUUCUUUAACUGUGUCAACACUGGCCAGCUAUGUCUCAAAACAAGGCCUGUACAUGUUGCUUGAGGAAAUCUCUUUUUUACCUUAUUUGAUUUGUGAAAUUUUGAAGUUCGAGUUCAUCACCACAAAGUGGUAAUCGAAACCAGGGAAAAUUGCAAUUUUGAUAAAUAAGUUUGUCAUGUUUUCUGUGAAAUAAAAUAGUUAAUAUAUUUUGCUUAA